GAUUUGUAGAGGUGUUGCCCCCUUGGCCGCACGAACGGGAGGCCAGCACCAGCGGAACUCAACUUGGAGAGACUCAAAAGGCAUGUGGGCGAAACAGGCAGGCAAGGCCAUCCGGUCCCUGGGCCAGACGAUCGACCGUGUCGGUGUCUCGCUGGAGGGCAAGUUCACGUACACGGAGCACUUGAACCCCUCGACGCGUGCCGUGAAGAACCUGGGACGCUCGCCCAAGUUUGAGGAGGGCGUGUUCGUGGCUCCCAAUGCGUCAGUGAUUGGCGAUGUCAAGGUGGGCAAGGGCAGCUCUAUCUGGUAUAAUGCCACCGUGCGUGGCGACGUCAACCACAUUACCAUCGGUGAGAACACAAACAUUCAGGACCAGGCCGUGGUGCACGUGGCCAAGAUCCACAAGGACAUUCCCACCAAGAUUGGCAGCAAUGUGACCGUUGGCCCUGCCGCCAUCGUGCACGCCUGCACCAUUCAGGACCACUGCAUUAUUGGCACGGGCGCACAGGUACUGGAUGGCGCUGUGGUUGGAGCCAAGUCCAUCAUUACCGCUGGAUCCAUCGUCACGAAAGGCAAGCAGGUGCCCUCUGGACAGCUCUGGUCUGGUGUCCCCGCCCGCUACCUGCGCGACCUCACAGCCGAGGAGACGCAGUUCAUGCAGCAGUGCUCGGCCGAGUACACGCAACUGGCGGAGCAGCACGCUGAGGAGUGCGCUAAGACCUUCGAGGAAUACGAGGCCGACACGGAGCGCUACAAGAUUCUGCGAGACGUGGGCGAGACUGGUCUGCCGCAGAAGGGCGAUGAACGCGAGGACACUGGUCUCUACUUUCGUUACUAGACGUCUGUCUCCACGUGUGGCUAGCGUGAGGGGCAGCGGUGUUGAAUGCAGAAGUUAAGGGUGGCGAAGAGCAAACAAAAAGAAUGAAAAUGGACUCAUACGACAGAAUGGCUCCGUGGCUUUUCUUUUGUAGGUGGCUCGAAUAAUAUGGCAUGUACAAACUCCAGUCAUGAUCGAUGCUGAUCACUCAUCGUCGCUCUGCUCUUGCGUCGCAACUACAUCAAGACAUAGUAAAGAAUCAGUGUAAGCAAGCAAACAGCUAGUAAUUCGACUUACACGAGAGCGCAAUCAGCUUAAGAAAAAACUCUCGCACUGCUGGCUGUUGAAGUGUCGCCGAUACCGCGAAGUCUUUUGGGUUGGCCAUGAGCUGAGUACAACAUCAUCACGUGCGUUAGUUGCACAGCUAAUAUACUUAAGUAAUCGCUCA